CCUGUCUGUGGGAAAACAGUAGGCUCUGUCUGUAGAAACAAACUGCACUUCAAAGUGGCAGUUCACCUCCUAGUACACACCAACGCAACACAUCAUCCUGUCAGCACAGGUCACAGAAUCAGACUGGUAACAAAAUACGCUGUAACACCACCCAAACUGGCAACCCCAGAAGUUCCUCAGCCAAUCAGCGUACAGCUGGUUUGACCCGUGCUCAGCUGAACGCGUCCGCAAGCAACAAUCGAGCGCUGUGACAAUCAAGUGGACCGCCUAAAAAGUUUGUAUUUUCUAUUAAAUGUAACGCUAGUCAAGAUUAUUUGGCGGCAUUGCAGUUGGUACAUGUACGAGAUGGGACAGCAGAAGGGCACUAAAGGAGGAGGGAAGACCAAGGAAAAAGCAACGAAGCAGCAAAGGCUAAGUGGUAAUGACAGCGCUGGUGCCUUAGGAGAUGCGAUCAAGAACAGUGCAAAGUCACCCAAACCUACACAGAAAGGUGAUGAUGAAAAGUCUCCAAAGAAGGUCAAGUCACCUAAGACUGAACCUGUGGAGUCAGCCAACGGUCCCAGGGAAUCGGUGAAACGGGAGCCACAGGAUGAUGACUUUGCCGCAAAGAAGAAAGGCAUUAAAAGAAAGAGGAUUAAGGAUGAGCCCAUAGAAGGCGCUUCACACUCCACUGCUACACCCACAUCAAAGAAUAAAGAUAAGAGAAAUGGGCAGGAAGAAAAAAGUGCUGGAGAAGAUCAGAGAAAGAAGUCAAAGAAGAGAAGAGAAAAGGCGGUAAAGAAAGAUGAUGGAGAGCACCCGGUGUCCGAAAAACCUAAGAGGACAAAAAAAGAAAUCACGGAAGCGAGGGUCAAAAAGAAGGAGGACGAGGAGAAGAGUCGCUGGAGAUGGUGGGAGGAGGAGAAGUAUGAAGAUGGCGUGAAAUGGAAGUUCCUGGAGCACAAUGGACCCUGCUUCCCCCCCGAGUACCAGCCUCUGCCAGACAACGUUCACUUCUACUAUGCUGGGAAUAAGGUGAAGCUGAGCUUGGCAGCCGAGGAGGUGUGCUUGUUCUUCGCCCAGAUGUUGGACCAUGAAUACACCACCAAGAAGGUGUUCCGGGAGAACUUUUUUACAGAUUGGAGGAAGGAAAUGACCCAUGAGGAGAGGACACUGAUCAAAGAUCUGGACAAAUGUAACUUUACAGAGCUCUUCGCCAUGCAUAAAGCCAGGGUGGAGGCCAGGAAGCUCAUGACCAAAGAGGAGAAACUGGCUGUGAAAGAGGCCAACCAGAAGAUUAUUGAUGAGUAUGGCUACUGUCUGCUGGACCACCACAAAGAGCGCAUCGGCAACUUUAAGAUUGAGCCUCCGGGGCUGUUCCGGGGCAGAGGAGAGCACCCCAAACAGGGCAUGCUGAAGACAAGGAUCCUACCAAAGCAAGUCAUCAUCAACUGCAUGAAAGGAUCCCGUGUCCCUGUGGCGCCUGCUGGUCACAAAUGGAAGGAGGUUCGUCAUGACAACACUGUGACAUGGCUGGCCAGCUGGACCGAGAACAUUCAGGGAUCUAUUAAAUACAUCAUGCUCAAUGCCAACUCUAAACUCAAGGGAGAAAAGGACUGGGAGAAAUAUGAAGUUGCCCGCAAACUGAAGUCAUGCGUGGGCAACAUCCGUGAACAGUACGACCAGGAUCUGAAAGCUAAACAGAUGCAAACCCGACAAAGAGCCGUGGCCCUCUACUUCAUAGACAAGCUGGCGCUGAGAGCUGGUAACGAGAAGGAUGAGGGAGAGACGGCAGACACGGUGGGUUGCUGCUCCCUGCGCGUGGAGCACAUCACCCUCCACGAGAAACUGGACGGCAGCGAGUGUGUGGUGGAGUUCGACUUCCUGGGUAAAGAUUGCAUUCGCUACUACAACAAGGUGCCCGUCAUCAAGAAGGUUUUUAAGAAUCUUAAACUUUUCAUGGAAAACAAAUCACCUGGAGAUGACGUCUUCGAUCGCCUCACUACAAUCCUGCUGAACAAGCACCUGAGUUCUCUGAUGCCCGGUCUGAGUGCCAAGGUCUUCAGGACGUAUAACGCUUCCAUCACCUUACAGCAGCAACUGAAAGAGCUGUCAAACAAGUCCGACAAUGAGCCGGAGAAACUGCUCUCUUACAACAGAGCCAACAGAGCAGUUGCAAUUCUGUGUAACCAUCAGCGGGCGGCGCCAAAGACCUUCGAUCAGUCUAUGGCUAACCUUCAGGCCAAGAUCGAUGCCCGAAAGGAGAAGCUGUCCCUCGCAAAGACAGAGUUGAAACAGGCCAAGAAGGAGGCCAAGACCAAAAGCAGCCAAGAACCCAAACUGCAGCCGCUGGUGGAGAAGAAAAUGGCGGCGGUGCAGCGCUGUGAGGAGCUGCUGCUGAAGAUGGAGUUGCAGGCGACUGACAAAGAGGAAAACAAGCAGAUCUCACUGGGCACCUCCAAGCUGAACUACCUGGACCCCCGCAUCAGCGUGGCUUGGUGUCGGAACAUGGUCGUACCCAUAGAUAAAAUCUACAAUAAGAGCCAGAGGGACAAGUUUGCCUGGGCCCUCGACAUGACGGAGGCGGACUUUGAGUUCUAACUUUAAGCCUCGAAAAACCCCAGUCUCACUAGAUGAUGGUAAUUGCAGAUAAGGAACCAAUGACUGUGUAAUACAUACAGAACUUUAAUAUUGCAUUCAUAUUAAAUUACUGGAGACUUCAUGUGAUAGUGUGACACGUUUCGUUUACAGCUGUGCAUUUGUCUAAUGCUUUUGGCACUUAGUUCUGUUGCUUGUUUUCUUUGUACACUGUUUUCACUCAUUUGAAUAAAGGUUCCUACAACACAG